GCUUAGCCAGGCCUUCCUGAAAAAAAGACCGUAUAAAAGGACCAGAGAGUGCCUGGCUGACAUUGCUCCUUGAGGAAGCCUCCAGCUAAGCACUCUGGAAAGGACGGCGUCUUAGGUUCCGGUUCCGAAUGGACUGGCUGCAGCUGUUCUUCCUCCACCCUGUUUCACUUUACCAAGGAGCUGCUUUUCCUGUUGCACUACUGUUUAAUUAUCUCUGCAUCUGGGACUCAUUUUCUGCUCGUGCCAGGUAUCUCUUCCUGCUGGCCGGAGGGGGCACCCUGGCCGUGGCUGCCAUGGGGCUCUACGCCAUGCUGGUCUUCACGCCCGCAGUCUGCGCCGUGUUUCUGGUCUCCUCACUCAGCCCACCGGAAGUUCACAGAUGGACUUUCCUCUUCCAGAUGGGCUGGCAGACCCUGUGCCACCUGGGGCUGCAGUACACCGAGCAUUACCUGCAGGAGCCCCCUUCCAUGAGGUUCUGCAUCGCUCUUUCGUCCCUCAUGCUCUUGACCCAGAGGGUCACGUCCCUCUCACUGGACAUUUGCGAGGGGAAAGUGGAGGCGGCCUCAGGAGGUGUCGGCAGCAGGCGCUCUCUGGCUGAGCAUCUGGGGAAAGCACUGCCCUAUCUCAGCUACUUGCUGUUUUUCCCUGCUCUCCUCGGAGGCCCUCUGUGUUCCUUCCAGAGAUUCCAGGCUCGUGUUCAAAGGUCCAGCUCUUUGGGUCCCAAGCACUGUUUCUGGGUCCUGUCCUGGAGGGGGCUGCAGAUCCUCGGACUGGAGAGCCUAAAGGUGGCCAUGAGGGGCCUGGUGAGUACGGGGGCAGGACUGAGCCACUGCCGGCAACUCGAGUGCAUCUACGUCAUGUGGUCCACAGCCGGGCUCUUCAAACUCACUUACUACUCCCAGUGGAUCCUGGAUGAGUCCCUCCUCCAUGCUGCAGGCUUUGGGACUGGGUUUGGCCAGAGCCCUGGUGAGGAUGGAUAUGUCCCGGAUGCGGACAUCUGGACGCUCGAAACAACCCACAGGAUAGCCCUGUUCACAAGGAAAUGGAACCACAGCACAGCUCAGUGGCUCCGGCGGCUCAUCUUCCAGCGCCGCAGGGUCUGGCCACUGUUCCAGACCUUUGCCUUCUCUGCCUGGUGGCACGGACUCCAUCCCGGACAGGUGUUCGGUUUCCUUUGCUGGGCUGUGAUGGUGGAAGCGGACUACCUGAUUCACACCUUUGCCAAUGUGUUUAUCAGGUCCUGGCCCCUGAGGCUCCUCUAUAGAACCAUCACCUGGGUCCACACUCAGCUCAUCAUAGCCUACAUAAUGGUGGCCGUGGAGGUCAGGAGCCUCUCCUCACUCUGGAUGCUGGGUAAUUCAUACAGCAGUGUCUUUCCUGCAGUGUACUGUACUUUGCUUUUUCUAUUAGCAAAGAGAAAGCACAAAUUUAACUUCUUAAAAAAAAUAUUUACUUGAAAGGUAGGGUUAGUAAGAGAGAGGAAAAAAGAGAGAGAGAGAGAGAGAGAGAGAGAGAGAAAGAGAGAGAGAGAGAUUUCCCAUCCACUGGUUCAUUUCCUAGACGGCCGCAACAGCUAGGGGUUGGCAAGGCAGAAGCCAGGAGCAUGGAAAUCCUUUUAGGUCUCCCAUAUGAGUGCAGGAGCUCAAGCACUUGGGUCAUCUGCUGCUGCUUUCUUGGGUGCGUUAACAGGGAGCUGGAUCAGAAGUGGAGCAGCCAGGACUCAAACCGGUGCCCAUAUGGGAUGCCGAUGUCGAAGGCAGCUGCCCAACCCAUUGUGCCACAAUGCCAGUCCCCAAAUUUACCUGACUUAUUUCCCUGCUUUCUCUUAUGCAUCUGUGAGAGAGAUUAGAAAGUACCAGAUGACACACGGAUGGUGUGCAUGUUUGAACAUUUCCAUAAUGUAAGGAUGUUUUAGGAAUUGGAUGGAUACACCUGAUGGCCUGCCUUAG